AGCAAUACGAAAAUGUUAAGUUCAAGUGCAACUGAAAGCUACAAUGAAGUGAGCCAAGUUGAGCUUUUCAACCGCACGGAUCCUAUUUACUCCAUUAAGCCGGACUUCAUAACGCAGUGGAGGCAUAAAAAAGAACAGGAAAAGCUAUGCCGAUAUGUCUAUAAUCAUUUAGUAGAGCAUACUAAUUGCAAACGCAUUCUUGAAGCUGCGCAAUUAGGUAAAGUUUUUAUCAGAAAUAAUGGGGAUUUAAAUGCAUGGAAUAAAGGAGAUCUGGAGCAAUUAAUGGCAUAUAUAAAUGAAAGUGUAAAUGCAACUAACACAGUCCCCGAAAGUCUCGAGCCAGUAUUACCACCAUUUGAACUAUGGCAGACAGUGGCUAUAGCGUUAUGCUUAGCUAUUUGUAUUAUACUGACAGUGGGUGGAAAUAUUUUAGUGCUGCUUGCCUUCAUUGUGGAUCGCAAUAUACGGCAGCCGAGUAAUUAUUUUAUAGCCUCUUUAGCAGCGACUGAUAUGUUAAUAGGAACAGUCUCCAUGCCGUUCUAUACAGUUUAUGUUCUGAUGGGGUAUUGGGAUCUUGGACCAUUACUUUGUGAUUUAUGGCUUUCGGUAGAUUAUACCGUUUGUUUAGUCUCUCAAUACACAGUAUUACUUAUAACAAUUGAUCGGUAUUGUUCGGUAAAAAUAGCAGCCAAAUAUCGAAGCUGGAGGACAAAGAGGCGGGUUAUAUAUAUGGUGACAAUAACUUGGAUUAUUCCUGCCUUAUUAUUUUUUAUUUCAAUCUUCGGAUGGGAACACUUUACUGGAAAACGUGAUUUGCUGCCUGGUCAAUGCGCUGUUCAGUUUCUUAAGGAUCCAGUUUUCAAUACGGCCUUAAUAAUUGGCUAUUAUUGGACCACGUUAAUUGUGCUGUUCAUUUUAUACGGCGGCAUAUAUCGGACUGCCUACGAAAUGCAAAAACGAAGUGAAGCCAAGCAAAGAAAAAUGCAAUCUAUGGUCGCUUUAAGUGCGGGUGCCAUGUCAAUGGGUGUGGCGGGACAUGCAGCCAGCAUAGGGGUAAUUGAAGAAAAUAUGCUUAAAACAAAGCCAAACUUUGAAGAAGAUUCUGCUUUAACAAAUACCAAAAAAUUAUCGGACGGACAAUCAAAUACUUUAACACAUACUAUGGGGUCAAUUAAUGGAACUUUACAAGAAGACGAUAUCAAUGAGCGGAUUUCUGACGAAAAGGUCAACGACGAAAGCAAAGCUGAAAUGGCUGAUGUAGAAAAAAGCGAACGUUCAAGUAGUCCGGCUUUUGAUUCCGAUGAUGAAAGCUCAAUUAAUCAAACGCAGCAAUUGAUUAAUCAACCGAAAUUACCAAAUUUGGGUAAACGAUCUUCAAUUGGUUUAAUGUUUGGUGCACAAGCGGCGUUGCUCGCUACUAAAAGCUUAUGCACACCCACUACAUCAAAAUCUAGUGAGGCAGUCCCUUCAUCAUCGUCGGGUAAAAGUUCCCCACAUCUGUGCAAAAAAUCAGAAACUAAACAGAACAAAGAUGAAAUCCAUUAUUAUGGAACAAUUGAUCGACCUAAACGUUCAUCGUGCGCUACACUUUCUCAAAUUGUGGAAAUAAAUAAAUCAACUGGGAUUAGCCAAGGCAACCUAAAUGAAACGACUAAAAGAUCCUCAAUAUUAAUAAAUGAUUCAACUACAGAAGAGAGUUCUGAUCGUCAAAUCAUCCAUCAUCAGAGUUUAACUCAAACUAUUUUGCCACCACCAGAGCAAUUUCAAUCGAACUCACCAUGCCACGAACCAGAUACAAAUAGUGAUUUGCAACUAACGUAUGACUUUAUGGCGAAUAAUUCAGAGUUGCAAUUCAUGGAUGAAAGUUCAAUAAGAUUAAUGUCAGCAACAACCAAUGGUAGUUUAAGUUAUACCCUUGAUAAUCCGGUUCCCUGUGAGAAGUCUCACAUAGAAGCCAAAUUCAAUGCAGCGAGCACCUUAGUCAAUACUACUACACUGGAGAAGAGGGAUUUAGAUGCGCAAUACGAAUAUCAAGAUUUGGCGAACAUCGAAAAAAUUCCUGAGAAAGAUAACGUCAGUUCGACAGAUUUCACAACCGCAUUGCCGCAGGGGCAUGCAAGGCCGCUGAAUGCAGGAAAAGAAGAUUCUCGAGAAUACGCAGUCGACAAAUUGGGUUCGAAACCAACAACAGCUGAAGAAACAAUCGAGAAAAAUCAAGUCAACGCUAACACACCACAAGUUACUUCAUCUACAAAAAAUUCCGAUUCAGACGAUUAUCUAACAACGGAACAAACUGCCGAACAAAAUUUAGCAAAAGAAUCCAGCAUAGAAAACAAGAAUCAGAAGAAGAGAACAACAGACCCGACAUCAAAAGAUAUUGGACGAAAUUCUAGUAAAAAACACUUUAUCUCCUCUAUAGGUAAACAUUUUAAAAGUAAAAAGGCCACGAUACCUUUAGUUAUUGGAGUGGGAAGACAAAAAUCAAAAUCGGAAAAUCGGGCACGAAAAGCAUUUCGUACUAUAUCUUUUAUACUUGGCUGUUUUGUAGCCUGUUGGACACCUUAUCAUGUGCUCGCCUUAGUUGAAGGCUUCUGCAGGCAACCACCUUGUACCAAUGAACACUUGUAUAUGUUUUCAUAUUUCCUCUGCUAUGCCAACAGUCCGAUGAAUCCGUUCUGCUAUGCUCUUGCUAAUCAACAAUUUAAGAAGACUUUUACACGCAUUUUAAAGGGAGACUUGCACAUGACUUAAAUAAAUAUGUAAUUAAAAAAAAAUAUAUAUAUCGACAAAGAGGGGUCUUCGUGAAAUUAGAUACAAUCUAGACGUGUUGUCUUCCCAAUCCUUUACAUUUCAUAAACGCAAUUCAAUUAAAAGUUAUGACACAAGUCAAUUGUGUAAAACCUAUGUAUCUAUCACUUUACUCUUUUAUAUAC